AUGGAUCUAGCAGGAAGACAUGCCACUCCAGCGACUAUCACUGCAGCUCGAGCUAAGCUCGAGCCUGUUCCACCGGAUGAUGAGGCUGUUAUCAUUGUUGCCAUAACCACUCGCGGUACGGAGUACUCGACCGCAAUAUGCACAGCCAGAUUGGCGAAGUCUCCUGCGAGAAUAUCUGGCUUACCAGAAGGCUGCACCAGUGUGCUUUUCUUCCUGCUCUACUUUAACCGUCUCUUCGCGGCUCUCUUAUCGUACGGGAUACGGGCAUACACGUGGCAUUAUUACCGCGCCUAUGUCGACAUCAACGCGCUUCAAAUUUCCCUAAUAGGAGGAAGGAUAUUCUUCAAGGGCAUCCGAUAUCACGGCGUGAACGAGACGAUUUUCAUACACGGAGGAUUUCUCACCUGGAACUUCUGGAAGCACGCAGUGAGGCGCACGGAUUUCUCGCGCACCGGGGUACAAAACACAGAAGAUACUGAAUAUGCUGGUAAUAGAAAUGGUAGCAUUGGCGAGAAAGGAGGGGUCGACUGCCCGGCCGCCCUCCCUUGUCGAAUCACGGCUAAAUUCUACGGUUUGGAAUGGUUUAUAUACAAUCGGACGCCGGCUUAUGAUAGUAUCCUCACUGGAUUCAAAACGGCAGCGGCAGCAUCAACUCAAUCACCUGACUCUGAGAGCGUAUUAUCAGACGCGAGUUUGAAGGAAAACCAAACCGUCGCACCGUCUUCAAACGAGUCCUCCCCUGAACAGGCAAAUGCUGCUGAUGGUAGCACUGCUCGCCAUGGGCGCACCAUGGAAACAUACACUUCCCAAGAGGGUGCACCCGGUGAACAGGAUACUAGGGACAGCUUGUCUGGUUUGCUCCAGCUUUUGCCGGUAAAACUUGAAUGUGACAAAGGUGCUAUAGUAAUGGGGAAUGAGAAUACAAGAUCGGUCUUGACUACGACAUUUGAUUCUGCAACUGGUUUGAUCGAGGCUUGUUGCGCUGCGAGCCCACUGGACCUUUACCGGCAAGUGUUUAGCUUCAAAUUCGAUCAUCCCGUUGUGCAAAUGAGACCCAACCCAGAUUACAAACAGACCCAACUUGCCGCUGCCAGACGUCUGAGCACGGUACGCGAAGAAAAGCCUGGCGUGAAGAGGAAGAGAGAUACUGUUUUCAACUACCAGUUCCAGAAGCGCAGAAUUUGGCACUCUGUCCGUGAUCUCAUACCAUACUUUCAAACCUCAGUCGAGUCAUUCCACGUACUUGACCGGCGCACUGGUCAGGACACACGGCAUACAACUAACGUCAACCAUGACACACGUUGGGUUGGUCUCUCCCGUUAUCUAGAUCAAGGCAGUCAAGAUGAUCACUCUGAAUGGGAUGCUAUAGAAUACGGCAGGUUUUCCACAGUUUUGGAUAGCCCUAGCAUGAUUGUCGUCUAUUUUUGGGACAAUCCCGGGGUUGUCAAAGCACAUUCCGUUGCGGAGGGGCCUCCACCUCCGAGAUCUUCGGACAUAAAUGGCGCGUCUCCCCCGGAAUGGGGAAUUGACGUGAAAGUUGCCGGUGGAAUGAUAAACUACGGCCCUUGGGCUGAUAGAGAACGUGUGGGUCUGCAAAAUAUCUUCUUUCCUAAUGCCUACCGGAACUUCCAGCCUGCGGAACCCUUGCGUCCUGGCGACACAAGACAGAGCUCUGCUUUCAGAUUUAGAGUUGAAUUUGACCAAGAAACCAUUCUUCGCAUCCCGACGCGAGAGUCUUCCAAAGAUUGGCAGUGGAAAGGUCGCGGGGAUGCUGUCCGCGGUGCAUCCAAGUUAAAGAAGCAGCAGCGCAGGAAGCAGAGCCGCGCUGCAGAAGGGGAGAAGGGCAAUGUAGGGCCCGAUAUCCGUCCUUUUGGAUGGUUUGCACUUCGCAUCGCAGAAAACUCAACUAUGCAUUACACAAUGGACAUGGUGCCUGGAAAGUCAGGUUUUUCUAGUCAACUUGAUCUUGAUUUUCGCGAUUCGAAGAUGUCGUCAAGCGUGAACCAUGCUUUGUUAUGGUCUUGCCCCAGGCAACUCAUCACUUGCGAUCUCUCAGUCCCGCUCUCUUGGAAAGCGCUCCGUAGGUGGAAAUUCGGCGUGGAGAACCAAGACAUGGAGCUCUUUUUACUGCGAGAUCACAUAUUCCUUCUAACGGACCUGAUCACGGAUUGGGGUUCUGGCCCCGCACCUGAUUAUCAUACGUUCGUGCCAUUCAUCUAUCAUUUGAGUAUAUCUUUCACAGAUAUACGGCUCUAUGCUAAUGUCAAUGACUCGAAUAUCGUCAGCGACCCCACUAACCUCAGUGACAAUCGUUUGCUUGUGAUCAAGGGCAACAAAUUGACCUCGGAUAUUUCUAUUCCGCUGGACAAGUACCGCGCCGAGCAAAACGUCGUGGAUUUCAACGUCACUCUACAGGACGCUGAGAUCGACUUCGUAGCCCCGGUGUGGGACACACUGCACACGUUCUUGAAGAAUAAAAAAACAGCCACCCUGGAGACCCUAACAAUUGACGGGACUUAUAGUUAUUUCCUUUCGACCUCCCCUGAGUUGACAGAUAUCUUACAACUCAACCUGCAUGGUAUCUCUCCGAGGUUGUACAUGUUUGGGUUUCUUAUCAAGUCUUUCAUGAUUGUGAAAGAGAAUUACUUUGGUGAAGAGAUCCACUUCAAGACACUUGAGGAAUACCAAGAGCUCGCGUAUUCGGGAGAUCCGACUGCAGUACACAAUGGGAUCAACCCGAACAAGAAGACAAAUGAUCUAGACGUGGUUCUGCACGUCACUGUCGAGCACCCACAUGUCUUUCUACCGGAGACUCUGUAUGAUGAUCAUAAUUACGUUCAGCUUACUGCUCCAUGCCUGGAGGUCGAUUUGAGGUUUACAAAUUACUACAUGGAUAUGCAGUUCUCGCUUGCUCCUUUAAGCGCCGCCCUGAAAUCUCACUGGGUGAAGGAGGACCCUAAAAUUCCCGAGACUCAGCUGUUCAUAGAUGGCGCCUCAAUCUAUGGACACCGCAUUUUUGGUCUGCCACCAACAGAACCAACAUACGUUUGCAAUUGGGACUUUGAUGUUGGGAGCAUUAUUGGCGAAUGCUCACCCAAAUUCCUGGCUUCUCUAGCCAGUGCCCUGCAGAGCUUCGAUUUUUCUUUUGACAAUGAAGAAAAUGUUCUUCCUCCUCUCUUUCCUAUUGCUCUCCAUGACGUGACAUUCUUGCGAGCUCGAGUUGCUUUAGUCCAUAUUUCGAUUCUUAUGGACAUUGAUGCUCUCGUACUUAAGUCAGAGACAAUAACGGCGAGGUUCAAUGACUGGGCUCAUGCUAGGUUUUCAAAACGUAUGAGUCUUCUGAUGCCAGACAUAUCCAUUGCUGCAAUUGAUUGCGCUUCUCUUCCAAAAUCUGGCAGUGUGGAUGCUCUUGAAGUGCUUCCACUUGCUUUGCUACAGACUUCUAUCAAACUGAGAAUGGUGCAAAGGAGAAGCGACAUUUCGGAAAGCCGAAGGCUUCAGCAGGCCCAUAUUCGAGCCCAUGAUCAGAGAACCCAGCGCACACCAUGGCUUCUUCUUGACUUGAAUGAACUCGAGUCUGGUACACACUACCCAGGUCAGGAUGUAGCACCCAGACCUACAAUUGCCAUACCAACAAUGCCUGAACCUUUAACAAGAGACUCAGGAUUAGUGGGCUUGCCGCCAAAGGCGUAUCCAAAGGACAAUAGCAGCCAGAGGAGUUUUCUCCUGCGUUCAGACUCCUCCAACAGCGGGAGCGGACUGAAGCAAGGAACGCGGAGUGUAAAAGAGACACUGAGUAUGCCAUCGUCAAUGCAUCAAUAUCAGAGACUCUCUGAGACUGGCAGAGUUGGUCUGAGAUACAGAUCACCCAGGUAUUGGACCAGGGCCUCUCAACAAGGGCCUCAAGUCAAUCCGAAUACGUGGGCUAUCCCAGAAUUCACCUUUUAUCGAAUUCGAUUAAACACGUCUCAGUUGCCUGCCAGCCAGGUGCCAAAUGCUGGUGUUUCUCAAGCAGACCCUCCGGCGCCAAAGUUCGAUCCCCAGUUCUCACCUUCUGAGAGUGACAGUACAACGUAUACCAACUUUAUGGUCGACUUACAUAGAGGAGUCAGGGGCUUCUGUACGCCGAGGUUCCUUUUUGUAAUCUCGGCAUUGGCCGAGUCCCUAGAGUUGCGACACCCAGUUGAGAUAAUUGAUUCGCUACAAAAGGACAUUGUUUCAGAUAUCAUGGCCUACGAAAAGUCUUUACCGAAUCCGAAGAAAGCCACUAGCUUUGCCAUUCGAGCUCCUUUGAUAUCGUUGAAGCUAGUCAACGACUCGGACUUUUUCAGUGCCAACGAAGCCGCUUUCCGAGAUGAAUAUCGGGUAGAGGUUUGCCGCUUAAAGACGGAAUUUAGAACAAGGGUCGAGCGGCAGAAAGGAGAUCUCAUCGCGGGUAUUAAAGAAGCCAUAACUGCGCAUGUCGCUGCUGAGAGUUUCUCAGUCUCGCUUGAAAGUAGUCAAGCUGACCAGCACCGACUGAAGUCCGAAGUCAGCUGUAUGCUGCGCGACAUCAGCUUCUGGAUCAUGACUACACCGACGAUUAGAUCGAACUUGCAGGUUCGUGCUUUUCAUAUAGCCACCUCAACUAAGUCGGUUGAGCAACUCGCCUACCUUGUUCGUCGCACAACUACCAUGCUUGAUUCUGCGACAUCAUCCUUUAAACAUGCCUCUAUACGUCGCCAUAAGCGAAUGCGCUUCUUGAUAUAUCGUCUCACUCAAUCCGCCGCAGAAAUGCCGGAUCCGGUUUUCUUAACGCGCAUAUCCUAUAUGCUUAGGAUGGCCUCUGGACAUCUACGGCAUCAUGAUUCAUGGAAGAUCCUUUCUCGUAUCCGGAACGUCUUUAACAACCUCUCCAUCGAGCAGCAAAAGGAGUUGACCGCAAAAUGCUCAUCUGAUGACAUUACACUCCAUGCGAAUGCAAAAUCUGAAGUCCUUUCUAGCUUUGAUCAGUGGCGAGCCUGGGAUUUAGCUCACGUUGAAAAAAGCUAUGUAAUGCGACGGGUAUGGGGCUUCCCAGAGGAUGUUGUUGAAAAUGCGCCGUUGAAUGCCUCUUUCUCUUCCACAAUCAAAUUGUUUCGUUUUUCGAUUGAUCCUGGACCGAGGGAGAGCGAUUUUGUUGUUCGAGACUUGUCCACUGUUGUCACAUCUGAUUUCCGGCAGGGCGAAUUAACUAACCACGGGGAGAACCCGAGUUCUCUGAUUACCGUAGAGUCUUACUGUCUGUCCGUUAAUCUCCGCCUAAGGUGGGAGAUUCUGGACCUGGUGGAAGGUCUCAUGAAUGCCAUGUCCACUGUCACCUUGGAGUCCACAGCUUCUGAUGAAGUUCCCCAGAAUACUGUGGUAGAACAGAAGGCUCUACAGGUUGUAUUAGGUACAGAUUCAGGAGCUCUGACUGUCGACGGUAUCAACUUGAAACUAGCGCUCGUCGGUGAAGCCAUUCGAAGUUCAAUCAUCUGGACACCUUUGGACCACAAGAGCGCGAGCGCAAGCUUGCUAAUAAGCUCGAAGUCUUCAUCGUUGGAUCUAUCCAAUUUUUCUUCGGCUAUGGUGCAAUGGAGAUUCACCGAACCACACAUCUACUGCUUCCGCGCCACUGAAACCCCAGCGGCUGAGGUGCAGCACGACUGGAAGGUCGCUGUAUCCAGUCGAAGAAUGAGAUUCGACAUGAAUGAUGAUCCGCUAAGUCUCGCCCACAUAGCUGAUCGGGUGAUAGAUGACGAGAUUCAGUUUGUCAAUCAUCUCAUCCAGAACCUGAAUUUGCCAGCACGCCGAUCUCAGGACAAGGCUACCAGCCAAAGACCGCCGCGGCAUAGGUUUCAGGUCGCCACAUUCCUGGAUGACUAUCGCUUGAGCUUCCGCAUACUGCCUUCUCUGGAGUACGCUAUCACCGGCGAGGUAGCGAGAGCUUCCAUUAUAUCUAGGCUUGGACCAAAAAUGGAAAUCGAUUUCGACGUGAAGCGAAACCUCCAUGCAUUUCUUUCCAACGAUGGUGGUAUCCGGCAGCCUGUGUCGGAGCUCGGGUUCCCGCCCAUUAACGGUAGGAUCAUCGCCGACAUAUCACCCAACCGUACCGAGAUGGAUGUCGACGUUACCAUUGAGAUAAUAGAACUCGAGGCUAGUGCCGUGCGGACUCUCCUUGACGUCUUGACAAGGCCUGAAGUCUCUCAUCUAAUAUCUGAUCUGAAACAGAAUAUGGAGUCUCUGAAAUUACAUUUCCAGGAAGUCCUUCCCUUUGAUAUUGGGUCAUCGCAAGUCAGAAAGAGUUCCGAUUCAGUCUUUCUCUACAGGGCGCGGACAUCGAUGGCUGGAACCAAGAUACAUGCUACGGCGCCUGGCCUGAACGGCAAGAACUACUCAGCAGACAUGGAGUUCAGUUUAGGGAUGAUACGUAUGCGGCUCAAUAACGGUUUAGAAGCCGGGUAUCCGACCGAAUACCCUGAAUUCCAAGUUGACACUUCUAGGAUUAGCUUUGAUCUGAGCAAGAAAGCCACUCACAGUGCUGAUUCUUACUGCAGCUUUGCUGUUGAUGCCAAGAUCAAGGGAACAUCCGUCACCGAUGAAAAUGGGAAGACAUUACAAUCGUUCCAUCUGACCAGUGAAAGCUGUAACAUUGAGCUUUAUCCCGAGGCUGCCGCACUUGUUGUUGAUGUUGCUGCUCAUCUUCGAGAGCGGAUCAAAACACUGGACCUCUCGCAUGAGGUAAAGCGUUUAAAGAGGCUUCGCUAUCGAGUCCACUCACAGACGAAGACAAAGACCUCCGAUGUUCCUAGCUUCCAGGUGCCCGAUAAUGGUGCUAAUGGUGAUGACCUUUUCGGUGCCAUAUUCUCACUGGGUUUUAAUAAUAUCCAAGUGGCUUGGAACAUGGCCACCUUUACGCAAGGCGUGUCUCAUCGCAGGGCUGAUGAUCUCGUGUUUUCUAUUAGACGCGUGGAUCUGUCAAACAAGAAAACUACCUCCGCAAAGCUCCGGAUCGAGAAUGUUCAACUUCAGAUGGUGCCUGUCGCGGGUGAUAGGAGAACGCGGUCACUCAAUUCGGCUUCGCUUCCAGAAUUGGUGUUCAAUGUGGCAUACUCUUCAACAGCUGAAGACGUUCGUGUGGCUCUUCAGGCUGCAGGGAAGUCAUUGGAUAUCCGGGCUACUUCUGAUUUUAUCCUCCCCGCAAAUAUGAUUCAAAACUCAAUAGCCUCUGCUGUCAAGACCAUUCGCGAUGCCAACUCUAUCACAGUGUCUAAAUUGUCUGACGACAAUACGAAGCCACGUUCUCUGUUCGGAAAUAAACGGGUUCGUUCCGUGCUCGUUGACGUUGACUUCGCCGGUGCUAUCGUUUCCCUUCAAGGGAAGCAGAGUAAAGACCAGCAAAGCCUUCUUACUGCCACCUUGAAACAAAAAGUAGCCAAAGAAUCGAAGUACGGCCAAUUCGUCCGAGAGGAUGACACAUCAACUGCUACACUACGUGCGCCCGGUGUUGCAUUAAAGGUUCAGUUUGAGGAUAGCGCUCACGAGGACUCCACGCUGAAUGCAGAGUUGAAGAUAGAUGCAUCCACCAAUGUCCUAUUUCCAAGCAUUGUUCCCUUGGUGAGGCAGAUGUCCGCCACUGUGAAGGAAGUGAUGGGAGAGCAAUCAAAGCCCAGGAGACCGUCCAACACCAUGAUGCUGCAGUCGCAAAGACUUAUGCAGGAUACACCCCUUGACACCAGCGAUCCUGCCUCAGUACUCGGCCGGUGCAAACUGAACGUUGGCCUCUUGAUUUGCAAGCAGGAGUUCAGUUUGAGCUGUCAACCCAUAGCUCGAGUCGCAGCUACCGUUGGGUUUGAGAGUGUUUAUGUCGCUAUCAAUACUGUCCAAGCAGACGGUGAUGAACGAUUUUUAGCACUUUCAGUGUCUUUCAAUGACUUUGCGGCGUCUGUGAAGCACGUAUACUCAAACGAGUCUACUGCAAGUUUCGAGGUCAAUUCGAUCGUCAUGUCCUUAAUGAACAGCAGACACCUGGGCAAGUCGAAAGGUAUUUCGGCCGCUCUACGCGUGAGCCCAGUGCAAGUGAUGCUCAACGCGAGACAAGUCCAAGAUCUCUUAUUGUUUCGUGAGAUCUGGGUACCGGCAAGUGAUUCUCCUGACCCAGGCGCAAAAGUCGAGGCAGAGCCCUCAGAGACGCAAGCCUACAUUGUUCAGCGUUACCAGCAAGUGGCCUCUGCUCCUGCAUUCCCAUGGAACACGACAAUCGCGAUUGAAAAAGUGAUAAUCCAGCUUGAUAUGGGAUCAACGCUCGGAAAAGCCCAGUUCGCGAUUGAAGAUUUAUGGCUUUCAUCCCAAAAGACAUCUGUUCGCGAGCAGGUGCUUUGCAUCGGUCUCAAGUCUAUUGGAAUCAAUAGCAAAGGCAGGCUGAGUGGCUUGGCUGAGUUCCAGACCAUCAGAGUGCGUACUUCUAUAAAUUGGCCGGAGGAAAGCUCUGAAAUCAAGACGCCUUUGAUACAAGCCUCGAUCUCUUUCAAUAAGCUUCAGGUAAAAGUCUCCUUUGACUACCAGCCCUUCUUGAUCGCACAUAUAGCGUCCUUCGACUUCUUGAUGUACAAUGUUGGAGGUUCAUCCGACGAAGCGAAUGAGCGAUUAUUUAGUAUCCUAGAUGGUGGUGAAGUACAAGUGUUCUGCACGACUUUAACUGCCUCGCAAUCCCUUGCCCUAAUCCAGGCUUGGCAAAGGCUUAUGCAAGACAAGCAAGCAGCUUACGAGUCGUCACUGAGAGAAAUUGAAAGAUACAUUCGCCGAAAGGGCUCGAUUUUCUCUGAUCGACUCGAAUCAUCUCAAAAGGCGACAAAGCAAGCCGAAGGAGAAACCGAGCUGACACCUAUUUCUCUCCAAACUGGAGUGGUUGUGACCAUCCAUACAAUUCACAUUGGGGUGUUCCCGAGCACCUUCUUUGACAAUCACGUCUUUAAGAUAGAGGCCCAUGAGGCUCAAGCCCGCUUCGACGUGUCACUGGAUAAAGGAAAGAUUCAUAGUGCCCUGGGUCUCACAUUAGGGCAAUUGCGUGUCGCCUUGUCCCCGAUCUCUCGGUCUGAGCCCGUGCCGGUCGAGAAACUCCUUGUAGCCGAGACUGCUACACGCGUGAUUGAAACCCGUGGGGGAACGAUCCUUAAAGUCCCUCGAGUAGUGGCCGGCAUGGAAACGUGGCAGGGUCCAGGAUCACAUCAGAUCGAAUAUCUCUUCCGCAGCAGCUUCGAAGGCAAAGUAGAUGUUGGAUGGAACUACUCCCGCAUCAGCUUCAUCCGGGAUAUGUGGGAAGCGCACUCUCGUGCAUUGGCUUCGCGAUUAGGCAAGCCCCUGCCGCCAUCUGCAGUUCGCAUUACAGGAGGGCUGAACGCAGAAGGUGGCGGAGACAAGAGUGAUCAGCAAGAAAAAAUCACAGCGGUCGUCAACGUGCCGCAGUCUAAGUACAACUACGUGGCAAUCGAGCCACCAGUGAUAGAGACGCCGCAGCUGCGUGACAUGGGCGAGGCUACGCCACCGCUAGAGUGGAUUGGCCUUCAGCGGGACAAGCUCCCCAAUGUCACGCAUCAGAUCAUAAUUGUUACCUUGCUGGAGGUGGCCAAGGAGGUAGAGGACGCUUACGCCAAGAUACUGUGGUCUUCUUGA